AUGGCUACCGUCUUGUCCUCCGUCGAGGGCACGUUGCUAGUCGGCGUGCUUAUCGUCGGGCUAUAUGCGGCGUACCGAGCCGCGCUGCCCAAGCCCCUCGCCAACAUCCCAUACAACCGCGAUGCUGCCCGCAGGCUGCUUGGUGAUGUUCCCGAGAUGGUGGCCUAUGUCGUGCGCACAAAGCGUGUUUUUUGCUGGUUGACCUCGCUAACGAGGCGGCACCAAAGCCCCAUCAUACAAGCCUUUAUCAAGCCCAUGUCGCUGCCCUGGGUUGUAGUGACGGACCCAUUUGAGAGCCAGGACAUUCUCCUGCGGCGCACCAAGGAAUUCGACCGCAGCGGCUUCUUUGGCGAGCUGAUCGGCGGCAUCCUACCGGAGCAGCACAUCCAGUUUCUGUCGAGCGAUGCGCGCUUCAAGAACAACCGCAACCUCAUCAAUCACCUGAUGGCGCCGACCUUCAUCACCCAGGUCAGCGGGCCGCAGGCCUACAAGGCCGCUUCGACUCUGAUCCGCCUAUGGGAGCUCAAGUGCAGCAUGGCGGACGGCCGACCGUUCGCGGCCCACGCCGACAUCACCUACAUGGCGCUGGACACCAUCUUCGCCGCCAUGUUUGGCCACCCCGAGUCGGAGAGCAUCAUGAUCCGGCGCCUGCAGGCAGUGUCGGCGCAGCGGGACAAGGGCGAGAUGAAGACGCCCAGCAACACCGACCAGCCCGUGCUGUUUCCUGACGCCGAGUUGCCCGAGGUCUUCGCCGCCGCGCUCACGCUGGCCACCUCGGUGAUGCACACGCAGUUGUCGCCGCUGCCCCGGCUCACCUCGUGGGUGCUCCGCCAGUUCCCCUACAUGAAGAGGGCCACUGCCAUCAAGGACAAGUACAUCCGCGACAAGGUCGACGAGUCGGUGCGGCUGAUGGACGGCGGCAAGGACGAAGACGCCACACACAGCCCGCGCACGGCGCUGCACUCGGUGCUGCUCCGCGAGCGCGACGUCGCCGCGAAGGAGGGCCGUCGGCCCGACUACCACAAGCGCGCCAUCGCCGACGAGUUCUUCGGCUUCAUGCUCGCGGGCCACGACACGUCGGCCACGACGCUCGCCUGGGGCGUCAAGUUCCUGGCCGACCACCCGGCGGCGCAGGACCGCCUGCGCGCCGAGCUGCGCGCCGCGCUGCCCGAGGCGGCCGCCGCUGCCGCCGCCGCCGCACGCGGCGGCAAGCACCACGCGGGGCCGAGCUACAGCGAGCUCGCGCGGGCCCACAUCCCCUACCUGGACGCGGUGGUGGAGGAGGUGCUCCGGCACGCCAACACCAUCGCCUUUGUGGUGCGCGUCGCGCUGCAGGACACCACCGUGCUGGGGCGUCACAUCCCCAAGGGCACCGACGUCUUCCUCAUGGCCAACGGCGCCGGGUACCUGGAGCCGAGCCUGCCGGUGGCGGACGAGACGCGCAGUCCCGGGGCGCGGCGGCGCGGCGAGGCGGCCAAGAGCAGGGGGCUCACGGGCGCGUGGGACGACGGCGACAUAGGCGCCUUCCGGCCCGAACGGUGGCUCCGCAAGGACAAGGACGACAAGGACGGCGGCGGCGCCGAGGUGUUCGACCCGAUGGCGGGCCCGUCUCUCGCCUUCGGCCUGGGCCCGCGCGGCUGCUUCGGCCGGCGGUUCGCGCUGCACGCGCUCAAGAUCCAGUUCGCCCUGAUCGUCUGGCACUUCCACCUGCUGCCGGUCCCGCCCGGGCUCGGGGGCUACGAUGCGGUGCAGAAAUUCGCCCGGGAGCCGACGAGGUGCUACGUGCGGUUGCGCAAUGCCAUCAUUUAG